UUUAGUUCCCAUAUACUGCAUUUUUAGCUCAUGUAGGUUUCCCUUAUACUGCAUUUUUGGUUUCCCCUUUUUUAUUUUUUUAUUUUACAAAACAACUUCACCCUCUUAGGGCAUUAUUGACUUGACUGUUAAUGAGUGCGGACCUUAAUCAUCUCUUUAAUCUUCCUUUGCGUUUUACUGUGGUGUGCAUGUUUACCUUCAAGGGGUGAUGCAGCCAUGCUGAAUAGAACAAGACUGUUUUCAACAGCAGCAGUUCUCAUGUUGCUGGCAGGAGUUCAGGCUCAGCGCAGUGUAACUCUCUCCUCUCAGAGUCUCUGUGCUGUUACUGGAUCUACAGUAAAAAUCCCCUGUACAUAUUCAAGCUCUUAUUAUCGCAGACCAAAGGAGUGGUAUCGAGUCCAGAGCUCUGAAGGAGAACCACGAGACCUGAGCAAAGAUCCACAAUACUCAGGACGAGUGUCUGUAAGAACAGUGACGUCUGACUGUGAGCUGACAGUGAGGAAUGUGAGAGCGAGUGACUCUGGAGUUUAUAACUUCAGAUUUAAAACAUGGAGCAGUGGCUGGAUAUCAGCUCCAUCUGGAGUUCAUCUGACUGUUACAGACUUGCAGGUGAAGGUGGAUCCUAACACUGUAGGACAGAGAGAACUGGAACUGACCUGUAGCGCCACCUGCAGCUUCAGCACGCACCGUUUCUACUGGUACAGGAAUGGCCAAUUCGAGCAAUACUUAACUGAGGCAUCGAUUGUGAUCGACUCCACCCAUCUAUCUAACGUGGGCAGCUACUCCUGUCAAGUGUACGAGAGUCAACACCGUUCUCCUUCAGUGUGUGUACUGGGAAAAGAGUGUUGGGGUGUGACUUACACUCCUGAACGUGUGUGUGCUCUGAAAGACACGUCGAUUGAUCUCUCCUGCUCUUAUAAACACCCUGCAGGACACACAGUGAUAAAAUCAGUCUGGUUCAUUAAAGAUCAGACUGGUGUUGAACCUGUGGAUGUGAGAGAGGAUGAGGAGUAUCAGGGCCGAGUGCAGUACACACAGAUCUCCCAGAAUAACUGUAGUCUGAGAAUCACUAACCUGAGAGAGAGAGACGCUCAGACAUACAGAUUCAGAUUCUACACUGAUGGGGGUAAAUACACCGGCCAACCUGGAGUCUCUCUGUCUGUCACAGAUCUGAAGGUUACAGUAUCAGACUGGGGUAGCUGGAACAAGAAGCUGAGCUGCAUCACCACCUGCACUCUGUCUAAUGACCCCACUUACAUCUGGUACAAGAACGGACAGCGUGUUACUGACCGUUAUAUAAAUGAACUUGAUGUCAAAAGUGAGGAAUCAGGCAGCUACUCCUGUGCUGUAAGAGGACACGAGGAGCUUCGCUCUCCUGCUGUCUGUGUUUUAGAUGAGAAGAGCUGCUGGAGUGUGACGUACUCCACCCAGAAUAUCUGCUCUCUGAUUGGAUCAUCAGUGGACAUACACAGUUAUUACACCUUCCCUAAUCGUUACAAGGUCACAAAAGUGUUCUGGUUCAUUAAAGAUCAGACUGGUGUUGAGGCUGUGGAUGUGAGAGAGGAUGAGGAGUAUCAGGGCAGAGUGCAGUACACACAGAUCUCCCAGAAUAACUGUAGACUGAGAAUCACUAACCUGAGAGAGACACACGCUCAGACAUACAGAUUCAGAUUCUACACUGAUGGGGGUAAAUACACCGGCCAACCUGGAGUCUCUCUGUCUGUCACAGAUCUGAAGGUUACAGUAUCAAACUCGGGUAGCUGGAAGAAGAAGCUGAGCUGCAUCACUACCUGCACUCUGUCUAAUGACCCCACUUACAUCUGGUACAAGAACGGACAGCGUGUUACUGACCGUUAUAUAAAUGAACUUGAUGUCAAAAGUGAGGAAUCAGGCAGCUACUCCUGUGCUGUAAGAGGACACGAGGAGCUUCGCUCUCCUGCUGUCUGUGUUUUUAGUGAGAAGAGCUGCUGGAGUGUGACGUACUCCACCCAGAAUAUCUGCUCUCUGAUUGGAUCAUCAGUGGACAUACACAGUUAUUACACCUUCCCUAAUCGUUACAAGGUCACAAAAGUGUUCUGGUUCAUUAAAGAUCAGACUGGUGUUGAACCUGUGGAUGUGAGAGAGGAUGAGGAGUAUCAGGGCCGAGUGCAGUACACACAGAUCUCCCAGAAUAACUGUAGACUGAGAAUCACUAACCUGAGAGAGAGAGACGCUCAGACAUACAGAUUCAGAUUCUACACUGAUGAUCCUACAGGCGAAUACACCGGUGAUCCUGGAGUCUCUCUGUCUGUCACAGAUCUGAAGGUUAGAGUAUCAGACUGGGGUAGCUGGAAGAAGAAGCUGAGCUGCAUCACCACCUGCACUCUGUCUAGCAACCCCACUUACAUCUGGUACAAGAACGGACAGCGUGUUACUGACCGUUAUAUAAAUGAACUUGAUGUCAAAAGUGAGGAACCAGGCAGCUACUCCUGUGCUGUAAGAGGACACGAGGAGCUUCGCUCUCCUGCUGUCUGUGUUUUAGAUGAGAAGAGCUGCUGGAGUGUGACGUACUCCACCCAGAAUAUCUGCUCUCUGAUUGGAUCAUCAGUGGACAUACACAGUUAUUACACCUUCCCUAAUCAUUACAAGGUCACAGAAGUGUUCUGGUUUAUUAAAGAUCAGACUGGUGUUGAACCUGUGGAUGUGAGAGAGGAUGAGGAGUAUCAGGGCCGAGUGCAGUACACACAGAUCUCCCAGAAUAACUGUAGUCUGAGAAUCACUAACCUGAGAGAGAGAGACACUCAGACAUACAGAUUCAGAUUCUACACUGAUGUUGGUAAAUACACCGGUGAUCCUGGAGUCUCUCUGUCUGUCACAGAUCUGAAGGUUACAGUAUCAGACUGGAGAGAGCAGUACAUGAAUCUGAUCUGCAUCACCACCUGCACUCUGUCUAACAACCCCACUUACAUCUGGUACAAGAACGGACAGCGUGUGUCUGAGUGUAAAUCUGCCUCCUGCUCUGUAGCUGCAGUCGGUGGUGCGGUCAGUUACAGCUGUGCUGUUGAAGGCCAUGACAGUCUCCUCUCUCCUCCAGUGUAUUCUCCUAAAAACACCAGAGCAGUGGUUCUUUCCUCUGGAGACACAGAGGAGGGGGAUUCAGUGACUCUGAGCUGUAGCAGUGAUGCAAACCCUCCUGUUCUCGCCUACUCCUGGUUUAAACAGAGAGCAGCUGCAGACACACUGCUGACAACAGGCCAGAAUUACAGCAUCAGCAACAUCAGCUCCCAGCACAGCGGACUGUACUACUGCACUGCUCACAACCGGCUGGGACAGCACAACUCUACACCCACACUCCUGGAUGUGUUAUAUCUCCCUAAAAACACCAGAGCAGUGGUUCUUUCCUCUGGAGACACAGUGGAGGGGGGUUCAGUGACUCUGAGCUGUAGCAGUGAUGCAAACCCUCCUGUUCUCACCUACUCCUGGUUUAAACAGAGAGCAGCUGCAGACACACUGCUGACAACAGGCCAGAAUUACAGCAUCAGCAACAUCAGCUCCCAGCACAGCGGACUGUACUACUGCACUGCUCACAACCGGCUGGGACAGCACAACUCUACACCGACACACCUGGAUGUGUUAUACUCCCCCCGAAACACGUCCAUCGUUCCAUCCGUGUCUGGAGACUUGUUCACACUGGUGUGUAGAAGUGACUCCAACCCCAACAGCUCUUACACCUGGUACAAGAAAACAGAAGGAGAUGUGAAAAUUAUUGAAAAUGGCACCAAUUUAACUUUAUCCUCGAGAGCAGAUGGAUUUUACUACUGUAAAGCAAGCAAUGGAUUUGGAUCAUCCAAUUCAUCAGAAUGGGAACAUACAUCAGAUACAGAUAACAGUGUCGUAAAAUACGCCGCUUCUGGAGUCACUGUUGCGUUGGUUCUGUUGGUUCUGUUGUUCAUUGCGGUCUUUCUGUGGAUACGGAGAAGAGCGUCGUUGUUCAGUAACAGGAGUGAGGAUAACAGCAAGAACAACUCUGCCCCUGUGUAUGGUAACGUCUCAGCCAUGACCUCUGACCCCACACAAACAGCCUCCUCAGAAGAUCAGGACAACCUUCAGUACUCCAGUGUUUAUUUCAGAAACUCCCACACACAGGAAGCACCCCUCUACUCAACUGUUCAACUGACAGAGGAAGUAGAAUAUGCCACAGUGAGUCUCGCCAAGUCAAGAGCUGUUCCGGAGGAUGAAAUCUACAACAAUCUGAAAUUGAACCAAUAAGAGGAGUCUAAACUGACUAUAAGAUUGGACGUCACAAUAAGUCAAUUAUGAAGGGAUAGUUUAGUUAUAUCAUGUAUAUUAUAAUGUAUAUUAUUAUAUUAUGUAUCCUUAGACUGACCUUUAAUAAUUCCAAAUAUUAUUGGUUUUCUUUGAUUUUUACCAACUUCAAGAUGUGUUUUCUUUCAUUUUUAUUUGUAUUCGAUGCUUUGAGAGGCUUUUUGUGUGCUUGCAUGUUUAUACUUGUGUGUAUGAUUAUAUUAUUACUGCUUACUGUAUACACACUGACACGCAUUUUAAUAAAAAAUAUAUAUAUUUAUAUAUUUAUGUAAUCA